AUGGCCCAUAUUCCAGAGUCACUCAAGAGCUUUCUAAGUGACUCAAGUGCUAUUUUCGUUGGAGCAGGUGUUGAUAGAGAUGUAACCAACCUUAGGAAUGACUAUGGGCUCAUUGUAUCCAAUGUUGUGGACCUUCAACCAUUGGCCAUGACCCUCAAGGACUCCCCCUUCUUCGGCAGUAAACUGCCUGGAUUGCAAAAUAUGGCGUGGGUAUUCGUUGGUCUUCGAAUGGAGAAACCGUCUGAUGUUACAAUGAGUAAUUGGGAAGACAAGGAGCUUAGUCGUGAACAGAUUAAAUAUGCCUGCAUUGAUGCUUAUGCUUCGUAUAAAAUCGGAUAUAAGUUACUUGUUGGAAGUGAAGGGGGUGUUGGAUUGGGAUGGAGAUUGCUGAAACUAAUGGUGUAUUGUGUUGGAUUGGGAUGGAGAUUGCGGAAACUAAUGGUGUAUUUGGUUGGGAUUUGGAUUGCUUUGGAUUGGUUUUUCUAA